UUUAUGGCCCUAACCUAAGAUAUAUUGUUUACUGCUCGAGCGGUGACAAGCACAGAACAUACCCCCAGAACAUAGGGGGGAUAUUUUGUGGAUACAAGUUGUACAAGUAAUAUAUCUGGUCAGAGAUUAUUGAUGAGGCAAUGUAUAACAUAUUCAGUACCAAGUCCAGCGUCGACAGGCCGCCGCUCGAAGGAGAGCAUCCUCCUAAGAAGCUAAAAACGGAAGGAGAUGUUCUCAUCAAGAAACUAGUGGAAAAUCAGUUGAAAACCCAGAGCACACUGAUUGAACAACUAGCUCAAAAGAAAGAGUUUGUGGCCAGCGACCCCGUGACCAGCGCCACUGGACACAUCAAAGGAGAGACCAGGCUACAAGACUUCCAGUCCACUCUCAAUAACUUGGAUGAAAGGACUAAACUCAACAGCAAGGGCUUAACUGAUAGGGACAUCGAAAUGCACAGGGAGUUUCACAAAAUGGGUGCUGAGUUCUGGACCAAAUACAAGAACAUCAACAGAGACACGCUGGAAAAACGACUGAGCGCCAUUCAGCAUCUCUUGCAACAGUCCGACAACUGCCAGGCAUCUGAAGGAACUAUCUCUAGACACCAAUGUGACUACAUCAGUGCAGUGAAGCCUCAGAGCCUGGAAACAAAGCUGCUGAAGUUUGUCACUGUUAAUAAUCCGCAAAAGCACUUGUCCGGUCCCAUGGACGAAUUGCCUGCCCUGGAGAAACAGUUCAUGAAAGACAUUGAAGAUCUCUCACAGUGCAACGUGAAAAAAAUCAGGAAAACUGCACGCUCAUUGGCAAGGCGGAUAGAAAGCUUGGAUUGUCGCGUUGCCCCCGCUAACUACACAGAACCUGCAAAUCUAAAACGAGAUACUUUAUGGGAUGUAAAAGAGCUUAUCAGUGCGCCAACCAAGCAAGUGCAGACAGUGGACAAGACAAGGAAGUAUGGCUGCAAACCUCAAGACUUGUACACAGUUAAAGACGGCACCAUCAUCAAGCUGACCGCUGAUAGGACUGUGAUUGAAACUGGACAAAAACUGUCGCUAAAUGAAUUAAAAAACAUUGCAAAGUUCUCCAAUUACGAAGCUGGACAGCCGUCCAACGUGCUGUUCCUCAAAAACAUCAGCAAAUGCGUUACUGAAACAUUUCUGAGAGAUUUUUUAGGCAAACUGCAAUUGGAGGCAACGAGCAUCAGAGUUAUGACUGGCAAAAUGAAGGGACAAGCUUUCCUAGAGUUUUCAGAUACGGCGCAGACAACCAAGUCACUGAAGGCUUUAAAUGGAGUUCUAGUGAAUGAUCGGCCAAUUGUAGCACAAUUCGGUAAACAAAAUCCAAACUCUAUCAGCAAUAAAUCCUUCAAAAGUUACAAAUGUCGUGUGCUUUUACCAACAAAAGUCCACAAGAGAAACUAUCGAUAUAACCAAUAUUUCGUUUUAUUAAAUACUGCCUUAAUAACAAAUUAAUCACUAUACACAACAUCAGAAAGCAAUGACGAACUGAAAAUGUCUGGCAACUAAUGAAUUAAGUGAAUAUCCUAGGACAUAAUUAAUAACUGUUAAGGGAAAAUCAAGUGUAAAAUUAGAGCCUAUUAACAAACGUUUGGUACUUUUUCAGGUUUCUCGCAAAUAGGCACAAUUUUUUACGGUUUUCAUAUUAAAAUCGCAACUAGACAUGUGAUACAAGGCUGGCUUUUUGUCAGACGAUGAAUACAGUUUUCACAUGGGACAAAAGCAAACUCUUGGGUAAUAAAGCACUUAUAUGGCUUAGUAUAGGAAUAAAAAGGUCUAUGUACAAACCACUACUACUUCCAUAGCAAUAGUGUCUGGCUAUGCUUUUCCCGUGUUAAGUACUCAGAAAUCUGCGAAAUUUUCGACGG